CCCGACGGGCGCAAGCGCAGCUGAGGCGGGCGCUGAAAUUCAAAUCUGAGGAGCGGUUGGUGCUGGGGCUCGGUCAGUCGCGGGGCAGCGGCGGGGGACGGUGGCCAUGGACCCGUUCACAGAGAAAUUACUUGAACGAACCCGUGCAAGACGAGAGAACUUGCAGAAGAAAAUGGCUGAGCGGCCCACAGCAGGAAUGAGGGGUACGGCACAGACAAAAAGGACCAGAGAACCUUUGUCGGAAACCAGUAACCAUACAUCGUUGCCUGGUGAAGAAGUGAAACCUAGUACAAAGCCAUCCCCAUCAAAAAGGCUCUGCUCUAACAGCUUGGAGGUUCCAGUUUCUAGCUCAGAGAAUACACAGCCGAUUAAUUCCCCUUCCAUAGACCAUCAACCUGAGAAGACCACACAGCUACAAAAAACUGCUACUAAUGUGGCUCCAACAGUUCAGCCUGUUCCAUUGUGUGACGAGAGAGAAAAGCCAGCCUUGAAAUCAGAACCUCCAACAGCCUCUUCAGUUAAAACACGUAUGCAGAAACUGGCUGAACAGCGACGUCGCUGGGAUGAUAUUGAUGGAUCUGAAAGUUCUCACCUGUCUCCCCUCCAGUCAAAAGAACCAGCUCUGUCUCCACCCAAACAACCAUCUCUUGCUCUGGCAAGUGAUACUCCAGUUGGGAGAAGAGGCCGUUUAGCUAACCUUGCUGCUACAAUUGGUUCCUGGGAAAAUGAUCUAAGUCAUCCAUCUGCAAAGCAAAACAAUACACAAGAACAGCCUGGUACUACUUGUUUAUCCAAAUUGUCCACUACAAGUGGAGCAUCUGCUAGAAUCAAUAGCAGCAGUGUAAAGCAGGAAGCUGCAUCCUGUCCUCAAAGGGCUGUUGAGGCAUCUAUAAAUAAACUAGCAACCUCUAAGAUAUCGGGAUCAAAUAAUUGCAUAGUAAAAUCCUCCAGAGUCGCUGCUCCCAAUCUGAAGGAAACCGAGAUACCGAAAGUGUUAAAGGAGAAUCCCUGCAGCCCCCAGAAAACAGAGGGACUUAAACCAACAGUAAGACCAGCCUUAUCUCAGCCAAUUCUUUCCAAAGAAGAGCCAGUCAAAGGAACACAUGUGCAACGUGAACAUAAGGAUAAGCCAGCCACACCAGGGGGAUCAGGAAUUAAGCCCUUCCUGGAACGUUUUGGAGAGCGCUGUCAAGAACAUAGUGCACAAAGUCCUGUUACAUCUACUGGAUACAGAACACCCAUUAUUACACCAAAUACAAAGACAAUCCAAGAUAGACUUUUCAAACAAAAUGAAAACUCCUCCACUGCCAGUUUAGCACAGCAACUCAAACAGGAGCGUGAAAGAGAACUUGCUUGUAUUCGUGGCCGGUUUGACAAGGGAAAUUUGUGGAGUGCUGAGAGAGGUGAACAUUCAAAAAGCAAAUUUCCAGAUACCAAAACGGAAAGCCAAGGAAAGCAUCCUCCUCAUUCUGAUGCAACCUCCCUUGUAGCUGCAGAAAAGAGUCCAGCAUCUGAAAGGUUGCCAAAGCCUUCCACUUUGGAAUCUUCAGUCAAAGUACGUGAAAUUGAAAUGAGUGUAGAUGGUGAUGAUGUGAUGAAUAGCUCAAAGGUAAUAAAUGAAAUCUUUGAUGAAAUUCUUCAAGAGGAUGGUCCAGACAUAGAAAAAUUAAAAAAAGAAAUGAGUAUGAACCUGGAAGCUGAGAGUGAUGAGGAACAGGAAGAGUCGCUGAAUAUUUCCUCUAUGUCUCUGCUAACUCCCUUAGCAGAAUCUGUUGGUGUUGCGAGUCCAGAGGGUUUUGCCUCUCCUAGUCGGUCAGCUGGUGAGGGGAGCAGCACAAGCAAUGGAAGCCCAAAGUCUGGCAAGUACCAAAGAACACAAGUUCCUAGAGCAGAAUCAGGGGACAGCAUUGGAUCAGUAUCGGAAGAUCGCCACCUUCUAUACAGCAUUGAUGCAUAUAGAUCUCAAAGAUUUAAAGAAACAGAUCGCCCUUCAGUAAAGCAAGUGAUUGUUCGCAAAGAAGAUGUUACUUCUAAAUUGGAGAAAAAGAAUGGAACUUCUGAUCAAGUUAAUAAUAUUAAACAGAAAAUGCAGGAGUUAAAUAAUGAGAUCAACUUGCAACAGACUGUGAUUUAUCAGGCCAGCCAGGCUCUGAACUGCUGUUUUGAUGAGGAACAUGGAAAAGGGUCGCAAGAAGAAGCUGAAGCAGAAAGACUUCUUCUGCUUGCAACUGAAAAGAGAACUUCUUUGCUUGAAGAGCUAAGCAAACUGAAGACCGAGGGACCUCAAAGCAAAAAAAAUAAAGCUGCCUCUGCAUCCCUGGUAUUUGCUCCAUCCAAAGGAACUGUCACCAUUUCAGAAAUGCGUCUACCUCUAAAAGCAGACUUUGUUUGUAGCACCAUGCAGAAACCAGAUGCAGCAAAUUACUACUACAUAAUAUUAUUGAGAUCUGGAGCUGAAAAUAUAGUAGCAACUCCCUUAGCAAGUACUGCAAGUUCCCUAAAUGGAGAUGCUCUUAUUUUUACUACAACUUUUACUUUGCAAGAUGUAUCCAGUGACUUUGAAAUAAACAUAGAAGUUUACAGUUUGGUAUGUACAUGUCUUUUUAUUAAGAGGGCACUUGAAUUUAUGUACUCCUUAAUUCUCAAAUAUUUCUUGGUUUUACAGGUUCAGAGGAAAGAGAGCACAGGAAUUGAGAAGAGAAAGAAGACAAAUAAAUCUAAGGUUAUUACUCCAAAGAGAUUAUUGACAUCUAUUACCUCUAAAAGCACACUUCUUACCCCAGCCAUGGCUAGUCCAGGUGGCCCCCAUGCUGUACGCACAAGUAACUUUGUCCUUGCUGGAUCUCUCAAGCUUUCACUGGCUUCGAUGGGAAACACCAAAUUUGUUUUAGACAAGAUAAAUUAUGGAGGGAAGGAAAGAGAGCUACUGAGCUAUAUGUUCCAGGACAAGGUUCCCUUUCUGUCUCCUUUGGAAGGACAUAUAUAUUUAAAGCUAAACUGUAAACUAGAUUCUUCUGUAGAAGAAAAAGGAUUUUUGACUAUGUUUGAAGAUGUGAGUGGAUUUGGGGCUUGGCAUCGACGCUGGUGUGUGCUUUCUGGAAACUGUAUUUCCUAUUGGACAUAUCCAGACGAUGAAAAGAGAAAGCAUCCUUUGGGCCGGAUAAACUUGGCUAACUGCACUAAUCGUCAAAUUGAACCAGCCAACAGAGAAUUCUGUGCCCGACCUAACACUUUUGAGCUAAUCACUGUCCGACCUCAAAGGGAGGAUGACAGAGAGACUCUUGUCAGCCAGUGUAGAGAUACUCUCUGUGUUACCAAGAACUGGCUGUCUGCAGAUACUAAAGAAGAACGUAACCUUUGGAUGCAAAAACUUAACCAAGUUGUUGUGGAACUUCGCAUGUGGCAGCCUGAUGCAUGCUACAAACCUAUUGGAAAGCCUUAAACUUUGGGGGGAAACUUCUGAAAUGACUACGCAAGACAAAUGCCAGCUGCAUUUUAAAUCCUCUUUUUACGUAAGCUCAUCAGAGGCCUCCUUAUACUUUAUGCUUUAAAAAUGGAAGAGUACGUGCCAUUUAUACAGAGUAUGUUAUGCAGUAUUUGUAUUUCUCUAUUAGGAUUUUAACUGAUCUCCUUUCCUAGCAUUUGAUUGUUAGGAAGCAAUUAGCUCCUUUAUUUGAAUGUACUAAAUAUUUAUAUAACUCCUACUUUUUGGAACUGUCUGUGGCUCAGUACAUUCUCUUCUAUUGAAACAACUAAAUUGGGACAUAAGUUUAUCACAGGGAAUCAGAUUUCUGGUAGGAUGAACCUAGUAAAACACAAGCUUACUAGAUAACUCUUUUCCCCUCAAGGGAACUAUGGCUCUGAGUUCGUUCAUUUUAGUAGUCAUGGUGCUGAAACGGCAACUCUUAAUGCUUUAUGAAGUUUUAAUAAUUCGUAGGCAUAAAAGCUGCCAGUUUUGUGCAUUUUGAAACAUGUAACAUACACUUUCAUUUGUGCAAAGCAUCCCUUUCUUCCAUCCAACAAAAAUUGCACCAUAUACCCAUAGCAUUCUUGCAUUCUGAAAUCUUAUUUGCCAUUUUUUACCUACAAGUAUGAACUAAUGUUUGGUAUGUAUGUUAUGUGGUUUACAGGUAUAGCAUGAUGUAUGCAGUAUGUUGCACACUUUCAUAGAAAUCAAAGUUCUUUAAUAUUUUUGGCAGGGCCUUAUAAAAACUUUAGCUUCGAAGUUCUGAAUGCAUGUUCUUGAAAUUCAUCAUUUGUACAAACUAUUUUCACAAUUCUGCUUCUGAGCACCAGAAUAUGUUGGAAAAACAGUCUUUCCAUGAGACUCUCUACAAAGCUGCUACAUGCCAAUUAAUGCUCUACUGCUCAUAAGUUUUAUCAGAGAGAGGUCUGUAAAUACAGAUAAAACUCUUCUUCAGGCCAUCAUUAAAACUGCAUAUUUUACUUUAGCUGAGUAGGUUUUGCCAUUUUCACAGAGCUUCCCAUUGGGCACAGUGUGAAAUAUUAUCUUGCUACUGUGCGUGCAGUAGUGGUAUACUUAAAACUGCUAUGGCUGUUAAAUUUUUGCACUUGAAACACUACAUCUACUCUCCCGUCCUGUCAUUUUUGUACUGUUAUUCUGAACCUCAUUUCCUUUCUGGUGUCUUAAGUAUUCCUAAAUGAUGUAUUGAGAUUUGUAUUUUAUUCCCUUUAAAUAAAGAAUAAAACAUUUUAAAUAAAAUGGUCAGAAAUGGGU